ACAAUAUGGCCGACAUUCAACAAUUUGAUAAUUUCAUGUCUGUAGCGUUUGGAUUGAAAAUAACAGUUGAAGGGUUACAAGAUUUUGUAACUGACUCUUUGAAAAUAACACAUAGAGACAUUUAUAAGAAAUGUUCACCAGGAAACUGUAAGUUGGACUGCAGUCGGAAGUUUGGACAUGCGUUUGGAAAAUGGUGUACUGUGUGUAUUGACUGGAAAAAUGACCUUCAUAAACUGAACCGUUUCAAGAAAUAUUGGGAUCGAAUUAACUGGAAAGAUAUCGAUACAAUUGACUUUCCACAUUCAUUUGAAGAGAUGGCAAAAGUGUUUGUUCAGGAUUUCCAAUCUGUCAGACAGGGAAUUCUUCAAGAUUUAGGAGCCUUAAUGUCAUUGUUCAAGAAUUUGAAAAAAUACAAUGGUAUGAUUUCUGAUCAAACCAUUGCUAAUGUUCAAAGAACACGAAAUCAAAAUUUUGCUCACAAUUAUACUGUUUUCUUACAUGAUGUGGAAAAGAUUCACAGUUUCGAUAGCCUUAUUACUCUCCUUAGAAUGCCCGAUAUAAGUACUACUGAAAGUUCAAAAAAGGCCAUUGCUGAUUUAGAAGAUUUAAAACUGAAUCUGAGAAUACCAAAAGAAAUACUUCAGCAACCUUCAGCUGAAUUAGUAGUUACAUCAGUUCAGCUACUAACGGAAUCAUCACCCAAUGAAAUUGUUAGAGUAUUUUUUCAACAGAGAUUUGGAAAUAUGAUGACAUUAAGGCAUGAUGGUACUAAAAACAACAAUAUAAUUAAAAAACGAAACAACAGUAAAAGCUGCAGUUUGCUGAAUCUUCCACUGGUGAUAUUUAUUUUACUACUUCCUGGUAUUGUAAAAUUGAUCGCCACUGUGCUUAAUGGACAGUUUUCAAGCUUUGAUGAAGAACAUUUAAAUGAAGAAUGCUUAAGUAUGCGGUUUGACGAAAAUUGGAAAAGUGAUUUGGAUUUCGAUUUAUAUGUUGAAGAGCUGAAAAGCCAAAGUAUUGUCGGUAGGCAGUGGCUACUGCCAAUAUUAGAGUCAAAAUUAGACCAGCCAAACAGAGAAAUUCUUCUGACAGCUGACAUGGGUUUUGGGAAAUCUUCGAUUAUAUCUUAUAUUGUUUGUGCACAACAAAACAGUGUUUGGCAUCAGCUGAAGAAACAGGUAUUAGCUUACCAUAUGUGCAGGUAUGAUGUAAUAAGUUCAUCAAAGCCUGAUAUAUUCAUUAAAAAUUUAGUCGGCAGAAUAGUAAAACAAAUACCAGAACUUGGGAACUCCAUUUUGUCAGAUGACCGAGCAUUAGAUUUUCUUUAUGGUGUAAGAUGCAGAGAAGACCCCGUCGGCUGUCUUGAAUUUUCCCUGCUUAACCCACUGAAGAACAUCUGGAAAGAAAGAACUUAUAUCAUUAUCAUUGACGCAAUUGACGAAUGUAAAAUAGCAGAAGGCCAUAGUUUACAGGACUUAUUGUACAAAAGAAUGUCAUUUUUUCCCGACAACGUGAAAUUUUUUAUAACGAGCCGAAACAUUGAGCAAAUAACACACAAAUUCAAACUGCUUGAUACCGUCAGUCUUGAUAACUAUACACAGGAAAACCUAAUAGAUGUUCGUUCAUUUAUUGAUAAGACGAAAAAACUUAGCGAUAAAGACAUAACAACGUUGACAAAAGUUUCAGGUGGAAACUUUCUUCAUGUAAAACUAUUUUUGCAUUUCUGCUUACAAAAAGGUUCCUGUAAUUAUAAUUACAUUCCAGACACUUUGGAGAGAAUAAAUGUUCUAAAUUUUGAAAGAGUAUUUUCGGAAAAGGGAUUGUUUGAGGAAUUUUUUGAUAUGUUUGCAGUUUUAUGCUCUUUACAACACCCCAUUGAUGAAAAUCAAUUGCUAGACGUAUCUGGUAUCAAAACAAACGCGAAAAUGCAAGCUCGUCAAAUAUUUGGAAACGAACUCGGACAUUUUUUGAAGAUUUCUGAUGGUAGGCUCUCGUUUCAGCACAAAUCGUUGGUCGACUUUCUUACAAAUUUUUCCAGGCAACAUUUGAAUUUUUAUAUUGAUGUUAAGAGAGGCCAUAAACUAUUUGCAAAAUAUUUGUUACAGUCCUUAAAUCUUACAAAAAGCAACAGUUUAUUAGAGGUAGAUCAUCAUGUAGCUUUGUCUAAAGACUUAGAUUUUGAAGAUGGGCUAAUGACUCAUGCAAGAUCCUUAAAUCAAGGAAAACAUAUAAUUAGCUCGGAACUUUUACGUAACGUGGUAAGACAGUAUGAUUCGUAUGAAACGGUGCAACUAACGAUAAAAUUGAUCAGACUUGACGCAUCUAAUGUUAAUGAAGCGGAACUGUCUCUUUCGGCUUUUAUUGCAGUUGCAAAUGAACACGAAGAAUCCUUCAGAGCGUGCUUAGAAAAUGGCGCAAACAUCAGCUACAUUCAUGAUCCGAUGUUUUGGUUGGUAAAUGGUGACUAUUCAUUUAUUUGCAAAUACCUGUAUUGUUGUUGAUAUAGUCUUUUACAUUUAUCAGCUCAAAAAGGAUAUAUAAGAAAACAGAUUUCAUUAUUAUACCUAAACAACUCUUUGGGUCAAAAUGCUUUUCAGUUGGCUGCUGAACAUGGCCAUACAUCUAUAAUGAAAUUGUUUCUUAAAUAUAACAGCUCCUUUGCGGAUUUUUAUUCACUCUACCAAUCAGCACUUCAAGGAGAGUAUGCUGCUGUGGAAAUGAUUUUAGGUUAUAUUGACGAUAUGUGCCAGCCAUGUGUUCCUGAGAUAUACACAGAGUUGUUAGAAUAUAAUCUAACAUCAGAAACGGGUCAAAUCAAGUUUCAUGGGCUACAUCAAUAUGAGAAAUGGUUUGUAAAUUUAGAUAAUGUGUUUAACUGUGAAUCUGCUUUAAAUGCAGCGGUUAGAAAUGGAUACGUUGAUAUUAUGAAACUUUUGAUAUCAAAAAGCAUUUAUACAGUGAAUUGUCCUUCUUUUGAUGGGUCUAUCCCGUUAAUGACAGCAGUAAAGUACAACCAAACGGAACUUUUUAAAAUAUUGUUUGUAGUAGGGACAAAUAAAUUACAUAGAUGCCGCAACAUGAAAGAUGUAGAUUUGUUCUACUUGAUUAAAAAGAACAAUUUUCAUUUAAGAAUUAAAAAUUUUAAACAGUUUUGUCCAACAUUUGGCGGUGUUGAACAUUUACUGGCUUUAUACGAUAAUUUGGAUAUUAUACAAUUUGCACGUGAGAAAGGAAAUUAUUCUUGGUAUUCAAGAGACAUUGACGGUGUGACGCCAAUCCACUACGCUUUCUGUCACAAUAGCAUUAAAUUCUUGAAAUAUAUUGUACUGGGAAAGAGAUUGUCGUAUCUACGUGCAAAUUUAAGAUCAAAUAAUGGCUCUUCGCCAUUUCAUUCUGCUGCUAUAUGUAAAUCUACUGCACUAUUUUACUUCUUUAAUCCUAACAAAAACAAUAAGUAUAACAUCAUUCCUGAUGUUAUGGAUAACGAAAACCGUUCCAUUCUUCAUUAUGCCUUUUUACAACCAUUGAAUAGUGAGGACUUAGUGAAAAUAGAUUAUCUAGGUCAUGAUGCUUUUACAUCAUCGAUGUAACAUGUUGUUGAAGUUUCAAAUCAUAACAUACUACACAGGGAUAUUUAUGGCAGAAACUUUUUACAUUAUGCAAGCUCAAGUGGAAAUUAUUUUGCGUUUGUACUUGCUAAAAGUUCGAAAGUCAUUGGAAUCUUGUUUGAUGAGCUGAUACAACAAAAGGAUAUAUAUGGAAGAACUUCUUUCGAAAGUGCAUUUGAAGCCAUACCAGAGCAUGAUUUUUUGAACCGUUUAAAAUGCCUAAUAAUUGCAGUUUGAAUGAUUUGUUUUCAUCUUCUUGUAAGGCAAACCUCUCUGUCCUCCUUUCACCACACGAGUACGUUAUAUUAUAUUUGUCAAGGGAUUUUCAUUCUAAAAAAGACUUUUCACAUGUCAAUGUAACAGAUCUAUUAAUCACGUCUAUUAAAAAGUCGAGGAUUUAUCCUAUACUUACUCUAAAGGCAUAUGCAAGUGACGAAUUCCAUACCGCGGUGUCAAAUCCUGUUCUUUCAAGUAUGAUUUUAGAAUCACCUACACCGUUUCUUGCUGAGCAUAUGUUGGAUAUUUACAGUUCCUUAUAUUGCAACGGAAGUGAGAGUCCUUUGCACAAGUAGUACAGAAUGAAAGAAAUAGACAAUGGACGUUUUCUUCAUAUUCUUUCCUUGACCGUUUAUUUGUAAGGUUUUCUAGUAUCUAUUUGGAUAACUGUUACGACAAAGACGGGUACAAUUUACUUCACAGAUCUGUCAUCGGCGGACACCCAAAAGUGGUCAAGUAUUUACUAGUAAACGGAAUGAAUGUAUUACAGAAAUCAAAAACUAAUCAAAGCGCUUUAACUCUUUCUGUCCUGUUGGCGCCUUAUACCAGAAACGGAUCCAUUCCAUCGUACUAUACAAACCAUUCUAAAUUUCAUUCUUAUAAGUUAGUUAACAAAACAGAAACCGCAGACAUUCUAUUUGAUCAUAACGGAAAUGUAAACUUUGACGAUAUAGCGUCGAUACUUCUAAUGCAUUUGGGAAAUUUACGGUUCAAUCGUACAAAACUUAAACUCGUCAUUUGUCCAUAUCACAUUGACGAUUUUGGAUUAAUGCAUAUUGCAUCGGCAAAAGGAAUGGCGUCCUUUAUGAAAUCAUCAAAGGAAUUGUUGGGUGGUGAUAUUUUGAAAUGUCGUGAUAUUUAUUGAGUUACACCAAUAUAUCUUGCUUAUAUGUAUCGUCAAACUAACAUUGUACAGUGGCUUGAAAACAUGAAUUGUGCCUUUCAUCGCCCUAAUACAGCAAGUGAGACUAUAUUAAUUUACAAUUUAAUUGAAAACUAUGAACUAUCUUUGCCAUAUAUAUGGCGAUGUUUCACAAAUUUUGGACAAGGCUUCAAAGAGUUGAGGAGAAAUCAGAUUUUAAAAUGCACAGGACAAGAUCUUCGUUUACACAGUACGUUUAAAAAUCCGAUUAAAAGAAUUGUAUACAAAAUUCUGCAGGAUAAAAUGUUAGCUAGUUUUAACGAAAAUGAUUGGCAAUGGUUAAAAUUUGAAAACUACCAUAUGUUCCUUUUACAACACCAUCGGAAGAAAAGGUCGCACAAUCAAGUUUAUUACUUAUACAGACUUCUUCUCUUAUUUGGUUUUGAUGACAGACGUUAUUUAUUUCAACUAUUAUAUUCGAUACGUACUUCUGCAAAAGGAACACGUUUCGAUCCUAUAUCGGAUUUGACAGUUAAAACCCUUUUCGAUUCAACAUUUAGCAAAAAGUACGAACAUUUUAGAAAAUUAAAGAUGGAAACGGAUUUACAUACGAACUGGUUAUCUUAUGAAAAACACGCUGAACAUAGAGAAGAUUUUCAAUACGUCUUGUACAAUAAUUAUGAAGUUGAACAUUUCAGUAAAAUUCUACAACAGUGGGAUGAAGUGAGUGAUGCUGAAAUAAAAUUAAUAGACAAUGCAAAUAGGAAUUUCAAUGUUUGCCGGAUUUCUUUAUCAAUUAAUUUAUUCUUUAACACUGCAAUUCAGAAAAUAUCCUACAUAAAAACAAACGAGCAAUUAAAUAGAGAAGCCAUGACAUUCAUACCAGAUUGCAAUUAUGUUUCAUCACUUAGCUUGAGAAUGCUAUAUCAUAACAUGGAUAAUACUUUUAAGUUCAUUGCAGACUUAAAAACACCCGAUAAAAACGAAUUUAAAUCAUUGGUAAUUGAACUUGAAUUGCGAAUUAAAAAAACUGUUAAGAUGAUAGAUUCGUUUCCAGAAACAGAAAACGCAAACAUACAGCCCUUUGAGUCAUUUUAUUGUUCGCCUGUAUUCCAUGGUUUUAUAGACAAUAUAAAUGAUUUAGAAAUGUAUAAUAUGAUAAAAUGCACGAAACUGUAUGCCAAUAACGAACAUUUGAAAAUCUUUAGAAAGUUUCUAAUUACAAUGCUACAAGCUGUAGAACGUGAAUUUGAAUAUGACUAUCAUAUAUAAGACAUAAAUUAUCAUUAUUCCCAUUAUGACGCGAUCCCUUUGUGUAGUAGUUUACAGUAAAUAUUGUUUUUAAAUGUUUUAUUAAACCUGCUUACGAUACUUAAGUUAAGACCAUCCGCUUGUGAUAUUAUGACCCAUUGCCUAUAAUAUCAUGGAAAUUCAUGUGACGGGGUAAAUGUAUGUUUCGGCUAUAUUUCUUUUCAAGACCAAAGUAGAAUAGACAGACGUACAUAAUAUAUUUUUUAUUAUUAUUAUACAUUAAAGAUUUUGCGCUUUGAUCAAACAGUUGCAAAAUAUUGUUUUGUACCAGAAUGUUUUUCUAUUGUGGAGCUUAAAUAUGUUGAUCUGUAAAUGUCUGUUGGUUUUUUUUCGUUUGGUUGCUAGCUGUCGAAGCCUUUUUGUAUUUUCAGCGGUUCUGAAUAAAGUUUGAUUUAAUAGAUUA